UAGCACGGAUGUCAUUGGCCAAGUCUCUUAUCUGCUGAUGUCCGAGGGCGUUCGGACUUGAGGUGCUUUUAGUGUACAGAAUUGUUUUGCAACGAAAGUUUAUAUUGUUAUCCUUCUACGAUAUUUAACGUUUUUUCCGUAUUAGAAGUGCAAUUCAAACGAAGCUGCUGGCUUGGAGUCAACCCCUGGUUUUCAGAAUCAAAAUUGAAGAGCCGCUCAGUCGCGAAAUCUGUUUUUGUUGCAGCCGAACAAAAAAUGGGUGAGGAAAUUAUCGGCAACCCAACAAACGAAGACAGACCUGCUAAGGGUGAAGAAAAAUGCAAAAGUCUAAAUGACGAUAUCAAGUACUACACAUUAGAAGAUAUACAAGUCCAUAAUAUGAGCAACGACACAUGGCUCAUUAUCCACGAUAAAGUUUAUGACGUCACGAGUUUCCUCGAAGAGCAUCCAGGAGGUGAGGAAGUGUUGCUGGAGCAGGCCGGUGCAGAUGCAACGGAGAGCUUUGAGGAUGUGGGUCACUCCACAGAUGCCAGAGAGAUGCUGCAGCAGUUCUGCAUUGGGGAGCUUCACAUGGAUGACAGAAAAAAUGAAAAGCCAAAGGAUGUAAACGUCACUACAGAAGAGUCAUGCAACUCCUGGACCACAUGGAUGAUACCGGCCAUUGCUGCCACCCUCAUUGGCAUCUUGUAUCGCUUCUACAUGUCAUCUUGAGUGCCAAUAUUCCCAUUUGAUCCCAUUCUCUUCAUUUUGAGGCCUUGAAAUGUUUGACCAAAACCACCUCGCACAGUUUACCCCUUGAACGGUCUCGCGGUAGAGAGGGAGGACGGCAAUUGUUCGUCUGUCCUCGAGUCAUCAUCCACCAAGUCCAGCAGUCAAGGAGAGACUAUUAACCUCACUGCCUCCGGGUUUCAUCACAUCUUUCUUUCCUCUCCUUAUCAUUUUACUUAACUAUGCAUCUGUUUGACUCUGUUUGGUCUAUGUUGAUUGUAUUUGGCCGCUUUGAAGAAACAGUCAAAAACUUCAACACAGGAGGAAACUGCAUCAAGAUUUUCAAUCUAAUCAGGAUCAUCGUAAACUAAAAAUGUGUCGUUUUUUUAUUCAUUUAUCCGGUCCGGAGAGAAAAUAAUGAAUUACCGCUUCAGUUCAAUGGCAUCGAUCUGAUGUCAGACUUGAUUGCAUCCAUCAUGGAUCAGUUUAAGCACAACCUAAUAAAUGGCAUUACAGUGCAUCAGUUGUUUUCCUAUUUCCCCGAAAAUAGUGAAAUCCAUUGCAAAUCUAUGCUUGUCAAGGAAGACUACAAUUAAUAAGUAGGGUUUGUCUUAUUGUUGUUCUCUUGUCAAAAUGGGUAUUCCUCUUAAAGCACGUCUCACUGACCCGUCCCAAAUAUUUUUGGUGAAUUGUACUGGCAGCUGCUGAGUAAGUUGCAUCAAUUUAAAUUCCUUCCGUCUGCAAAGGAUAUGUUCAACACGAAAUAUGAAAAAUAUCAGGAAUCUGGUUUCUCAGUUUAGUUUAAAAAAAAAAAACCCAUUCAGUUGCAAAUUGUACAUCACUGUCUUUUUUUUCUUUAUAUGACACAAUUGAAACAUUGUCUACCUGUGGAUUGGAAACCCUUUAUCUGCCCAUGAAUCUGCACCGUUUCAGAAAUUGGGUUAUGAUUUAUUACUGCUUCCACAUGAUUAUACCAGUUGCAGAAGCAGAAGUUGACUUUUUUCUAUGCUGACAGCUUUUGUUUGCUUUUAUUUGCCAUCUCAUGCCAUUGAAAACCUGAUGAAAAUAAAUAUUACACAAAUAUAUUCA